GGUGGUCCUUAUCAUGAUCUCCUGCAUAGUGUUUUAGGAGCAUAUACAUGUUACAGACCAGAUGUGGGAUAUGUACAAGGGAUGUCCUUCAUUGCUGCUGUGCUCAUUCUCAAUCUGGAAGAGGCAGAUGCUUUCAUUGCCUUUGCUAAUCUUCUAAACAAGCCAUGCCAGCUGGCCUUUUUCCGUGUGGAUCACAGCAUGAUGCUGAAAUACUUUGCAGCCUUUGAAGUAUUCUUUGAAGAAAAUCUUCCCAAAUUGUUUCUUCAUUUCAAAUCUUACAGUCUUACUCCAGACAUAUAUUUGAUAGACUGGAUUUUUACACUCUACAGCAAGUCAUUACCACUUGAUCUGGCCUGUCGUGUCUGGGAUGUUUUCUGUAGAGACGGAGAAGAAUUUUUGUUUAGGACAGGGCUAGGAAUCCUUCGAUUGUAUGAAGAUAUUCUCCUACAGAUGGACUUUAUUCAUAUAGCACAGUUUCUAACAAAACUUCCAGAAGACAUUACAUCAGAAAAGCUUUUUAGUUGUAUUGCAGCUAUUCAGAUGCAGAAUAGUAACAAAAAAUGGGCACAGGUGUUUGCCUCACUGAUGAAGGACAACAAAGAAGGGGACAAGAACCAUAGCCCAGCACUGAAAAUCUAGCCAUUGUAGCGUUGAGGUCAAUUGAAAAUGUGGAAAACCACUUGAAGACAAAGGAGUUUUCACAUCACUUCUGUGUGGAAAAGCACUAUAGAAAAAUGUGAAAAUGAGACAGAAAACCGACACAGCUCUCAGUGGAGUAAUGAACUGAUGAAAUCUUCACCCUUUUGCCAGUAUUAGCUUUUGUUGUGGGAAGAUUUGUUUUCACACAGAAUACUAAAACCUUUGAAACUGAGAAGCGGGAGAGUUCAUAUUUAAUACUUUAAAAGAAUCAGCUCAAUGCAAUAAACAUUUGUAAUAACUUCUGUUGGUACUUUAAAAAAAAUUUUUGAGGCAUAACUUUUUUUACAAAUACCACAAAAGCACUUUUUUGGGGGGAUGAGGGAAAUGCUAAAUCUUAAGGCCCCAAAACUGCUAUCCAAACCAAAUGCUUUGGUACAAAUAUUACCUCCAAAAUUAAUCAUUUGAAAAUAUUGAGGACCAAAUAAGGUUGUUUGGUGUGUUUACGUGCAAGAUGGUUAAAAUUUGGGAAGGAUUAUUUUCUUAUUUACUUGGGUUUUUUUUAAGUUGCAGCUUCAUUCUUCAGUUUGGGCAAAUGUAAUUAACUCAGGAACUGUGGAAUUAUUGUGCCCAAACCUGUUAGAGCAAAAAUAAUCUGAAUUUUAAACAGUGGUAAGAUCAGGGCUAUUAUUUCGGAGUGUACAGCUUUCAAAGUGAGCAGUGUUAAGCAUUUGUUUUGGUGUAUUGGUUGUGCAGCUUAUUAAAAAUGGAGUGGGUAUUCUGUGAAAGGGUUUUGCCACCAGAAGUUUUAUUUUGUUGAGCCAUUUCUUACUAAGAAAUACUUGGAUGUAAUGGUGAACACUAGAAACUGACAAAGCUAUCUGUGGACUUUGUGUUGUCAAAGGAGCAGCCACUUUUAACACUUCAGAAUAAUGCAGAGACAGAAUUGUUUUUGAAACUAUCAUUUAUUGGUGUGCAAUACUGAAAUCCAAAAAGCGUCUGGUUUAGUGAUACUUAAUUUUUUAACAUCUUUUAACUGUGAGACAUAAGGUCAUAUUGUAUGUGUCACGGCAGAUAUUUUCAAACACUUCCUGUUCUCGAAGAUGUUGUACAACAACGUGUGAUUGUAGGGGAUGGAAAUCUAAAAUGGAUAGCAUGGCGGGUGAGGAACACUUACACUCUCUUGGUCCAUUUUUGCUAAUAUUUAAUGUAAAUAAGUUCCUUACAUGUGGGUUUUUGUAGCUGGUCCCUUUGUGGAAAUCAAGUCAAAAUUACCGUUAUGUAUUUUUUAAGUACAGGAGGCUUCCACUUGUCUGGUGUUUAAAAGCAGAGUCUACAUAAUUGGGGUAAAGAUUUAGUGUGGUGUAACUUACAUGGCUAUCUGGUUUAAAAACUACAUAUAUGCUACUCAUAACAUUACAAUUUGAAAUUUAAAUGUCAGAUUUUUCUUAACUUAUGUAUUCACUACUUUAAUUGGAUCCAAUUUGUCUUAUAUUUUUGUGUUAUCUUGUACAGUUUUCUUACUUUUCAACUAUAAAUCUGUAUAUAACUGUAAAUAGGAGGAUCAAGCCUUCCUCUAAGACCACUAGUAACAAUUCCUCUGUAAAUAAAACUUAUAGCAG